CCCGGAGGUGCAGGAUGACUCUCUUUGAUGGGAUCUACCCCUUCUACCCACAGCAGAGGAAAGCUGCUGUCUUCGACAUCAGCAUCAUUAUAGUGAUUGUGGUCUUCCUCACGUUGGCCUGCAGCUUCCUGCUCAUCAUCCCGGGCAUCCGUGGACGGGCGAGGUUGUACUGGACUCUCCGUGUUCUCCUGAGCCUCUUCGUGGGAGUGGUGAUCGUUGUUGUCCAGUUCACAGGGGACUGGGAGACUGGCUGGGUGCAGGCAAACACCUCCUACAAGUCCUUCAGCCGUGCCGUGGUGAACGCGGACAUCGGGCUGCACAUCGGCCUGGAGGGGGUGAAUAUCACACUCAAGGGAAACCCAGUGAAGCAGAUCAAUGAGACCAUCAACUACAACGAGUACUUUUCCUGGAGCUUCAGUUCAAACUAUGACCGCAGCUACAGCGAGGGGCUGGAGAAGGGGCUGCCCAGCCCCAUCCUCUACGUGGCAGAGAAGUUCUCCUCGCAGAGCCCCUGCGCCGUGCACAGGCAGUACCGCAUCUCCGGCCACUACGCCUCGGCCACGCUCUGGGUAGCCUUUUGCACGUGGAUCAUCUCCAACAUUCUCUUCUCCAUGCCUGCCCUUGUCUAUGGAGGCUACAUGCUCCUGGUCACAGGGGCCUUCAUGACCUUCUCACUGCUCUCGUUCUCCACUGUGAGGAACUCCCCAAUGUGCCUGAUCCAGAUUGGGGCUGCAACCCUGCAUGUAGCCUAUGGGGGAUCCUUCUGGCUCACCCUAGUGGUUGGCUUGCUCUGUUUUGUGGCUGGGAUCACCGUUGUGGCUCUGCACCACCUCAACUUGGACUUGCUGAAAACCUUCUUCGAUCUCCGUGAGGACAAAGCUGAGGAGCACCAGGAAAUGGCUGAAGUGUAUGUCAACUCCUAUUUUGUGAACAAGGCACUGGCUCCUCCUCAGCCCUCCGAAACCAACAGCCUCUAGAAGAAAGUUUUCCCCACUCCUUCCCUGAAGGUGAGCCCGAAAGGGCAGAACACAAACCCUUCUUGAUGUCCCCACAGGCACAUUACCCUGUUCAACUGCCUCUGAAGGCCACAUUCGGACAGGUCCGUGCUGGGAAGUACCUGCACAGACUAUCUCCCUGACAGUGCCCUCUGGAAAAGGGCAAGCUUUGCUGGCAAGCUGUAAUCAGAGCAGCUCACAGCUCUAGAGACUUGAGCUGCACUCACCUGGGGGUCUCUGUGCCAGGAGAAAAUCCCUUCCUGCUCUAUGCCCUGGCACAGUGUGGAGCAGAAAUCUCCAAUGGCUGGUUCCCACUGAAACUGAAAAUCUGAGCUGACAGGUGACAUUCCUCAUGGGGAGCACCCACAACACCCACGACUCCAGGGAUUAAAUUUGCUCCUUUCUUCCCCAAGCACUGACAUUUAGUGUAGAACUUGAGGUGAAGCCAGGAAAACCAGGCCCAGAUCCAGGCUCCGCAGGCUGGAUGUUGCAGGAGCUGGAAUAAAAAAAUCUGCUCCAGUAAUAAUGACUGAGUAAAUGUACAAUGGAGUUUGCUGGGGAAAAUGUGAUGGUGGGAUUAUUUUCACUUUCAGAUUUGGGCUUUAAUAGACAAGACUUGUAGUCAGGUGUGGGCCAAAAAGAUGCCUAAGGAAAGGAGGGAGAGGGAAGAAUGAAGUUACCCCUGUCCACCUGGAGCACACCUGGGCUGUCUGGGCAGCAGGACAGGGGGAGAUUCUGCCCCUCUGCCUCACUCAGGUGAGACCCCACCUGCAGAGCUGCCUCCAGCUCUGGAGCCCAACAUCAGAAGAACAUGGAGCUGCUGGAGCCAGGCCAGAGGAGGCCCUGGAGAUGCUCUGAGGGUUGUUAAGACCCUUGCUGUUAAGUUACUUAUUUCUGUCACACGAUAUUUGUGUUGCACUAAUGUGAUUUGUUAUGUACGAGAAUUAUUUUCAAUAAAAAUUUAUUAAAAACCC